AUGAUUUCUAAAAAUGAAGAUAAUUUUACAGAUAAUGUAUAAGAUGAAAGAAAAUAUUAUGAAAGUGAUGAGGAUAUUUAACCAUUAAAGGUAUUAGAUUAAAAUAAUGAAAAGGUAGGAGAUAUGAUUUAGAAUCGAUUUUUAAUUAGUCAGAAAAUUGGAGAAGGUUCAUUUGGUAGUGUUUUCAAAGUUCUUGAUAGAAAUAAUAAUAAUGCAGCUUGGGCAAUGAAGGUUGAAGCAGAUGAUGAUGAAAAUAGCUUAUUAGAGAGAGAAAUAAAAGUGUUAAUUGAAUUAAGGUAAAAUUAUAUGAUCCAAUAUUAGAAAAUAGUAAGGUUUUCCAUAAAUAAAAUUUUAUGGAUAAGAAAGGGGAUAUACUUAUUGUAUAAUGACAAUGUUAGGGAAAAACUUAGAAUAAAUUUUUAGAAAGUUAGGAGGUGUGAUGAAUAUGGCCACUGUUAUAAGAUUAGCCAUUUAAGUAAGUAAAAUAAAAUGAUAUUAGCUUAACAGAUGAUAGAUA